AUAGAACUCUUCAAGUUCCGGGCCUGCGAUUGGCAACAUGGCUAAACGCACCAAGAAGGUCGGAAUUGUUGGUAAAUAUGGAACACGUUAUGGUGCAUCCCUCAGAAAAAUGGUGAAGAAAAUUGAAAUUAGCCAGCAUGUCAAGUAUACCUGCUCCUUCUGUGGCAAGACCAAAAUGAAGAGACGGGCUGUGGGUAUCUGGCAUUGUGGAUCCUGUAUGAAAACAGUUGCUGGUGGUGCAUGGACUUACAAUACCACCUCUGCAGUUACAGUCAAAUCUGCCAUCAGAAGACUGAAGGAAUUGAAAGACCAGUAAAAUCUCCCCAUCAAAUAUCUGUAGCCCAUAGUCCAACAAUAAAUGGGUUAAUUUAUGGAAU